GAUCGUGCACGAGACCUGGUCGAUUCCGCCGCUGCCUUAGAGAUACGUUCACCGAAAGCCAAACGGCCCCGCCAAAUGUCCAGCAAUCAUAGUGGCAGUAACAAUCUCGACGAUUCAAUAUCACGCAAUUAUUGUUCACAGCCACUGCCAGUAUUUCGUAACGACUUUGAGGCUCCUGCCAAUCCACAAGAAGCUGAUAAUUUACCAGCAGCAGCACGGGAACAUCGUCUCGGUUUCUGUUUCUCACAACCGGCAAUGUUGGACGAUUUGCUGCUGUGUACACAAAUGAAUCAGACACAAUCGGCAUCACAGAAUCUCUUCCAACGUUUAGUUAGACGUAUGACAAGAUUCUUUGUGUCCACGCGACACGAUGACACCCUAAAGCGUCUAGUGGCCACAAUCGAAAAACUCGGCUAUACCUAUAAAAUAUGUGAAGAUAAUUUGGUAGUUACCAUCAGUACGAUUGAUAAAUCGAAGCUGAAUUUAGUAUUUAAGGCACAUCUUAUUGAAAUGGAUGGUAAAAUUUUAUUAGAUUUCCGUUUGUCGAAAGGUUGUGGUUUAGAAUUUAAACGGCGUUUUAUACGAAUCAAACAGUUGAUGGAGGAUAUUGUGCAAAAGGGACCGGUAACAUGGCCCAUUGCAAUUGCCACUAAUUGUGUACCCUAAGAAU